AUGGCAAAACUCACUGAUGAUGCCGACUACGAUGCCGGCGAAACGUGCGUUCGUAGCUUGGUGCGGAGAAUGGCAAAACUCACUGAUGAUGCCGACUACGAUGCCGGCGAAACGUUUGAAAAUGUCUUGGUGCGGAGAAUGGCAAGUCUCACUGAUGAUGCCGACUACGAUGCCGGCGAAACGUCUGAGAAUGCUGCCAUCGUCCGACUCGGAAGGGCUGUUAAAGCAGAGCAAAGAGUAAUGGAGGAGGGUGAAACAACAUGCGGUCAAUCAUCCGAACGGACAGCUGAAUGUGUCAAUUACUGGUUUGAGGCUAAAAUGGUUGAAGAGUUCAACCGCAAAGGGGGACUGAUAACUAACAUUUGGUUGAGGAAAGCGUAG